AUGUCAAUUGGAAAUAUUGGAAAUAGCGUGAUUGAUGUCCAUGCUCAUUUGUAUCCUUCUUCGUUCCCAAAUAAACAAAUUGAUCAAAUUCUCAUUCGUGCUCAAAAUGUCAAUGUUACUUCGGUAGUUGCGGUUUCUGAAACAUUAGAAGAUGCUAAGAGUAUUUUUGCUUUAAAGAAUGAUUUAUCAAUCCCUUUUGAACUAAGAGAGAUGAUUGAACCAUGUGCAGGUUUACAUCCUGUCACUCCUCAAGGAGCAAAGAGUGUAGUAAAAUUAGAUCAAGUAAAUGGUAUUCUUGAAUUUAUUAAAGAGAAGUCAUCAGAAUUGGUUGGAAUUGGAGAAGUUGGAAUGGAUUUUACUCCUCACGUAUUAAAUAAUGCUAUAGAUGCUCAUCCAGAGUUAAAAUUAACGAAAGAAGAUCUCAAGAGUAUUCAACGUGAUAUCUUUAUACGUCAAAUUGCUUUAUCUCUUCAAUUAGAUCUUCCGCUUAAUGUUCACUCUCGUUCAGCUGGUCAUUACGUUUUAGAUUGUUUGCGUGAUUAUGGUGCAAGAAAAGUUGUAAUGCAUGCUUUUAAUGGUCAAAUAAAAUAUGCUAAAAGAGGUGUUGAAAUGGGAUUUUAUUUCUCGAUACCACCUGAGGUCAUUUAUUUACCACAAAAACAAAAAUUAGUAGAGGCAAUACCUUUAUCAAACAUAUUGCUUGAAACAGAUGCACCUGCUUUAGGUCCCGAAAAUGGUGUUGAUAAUGAACCAGAUAGUAUCAUUUUUAGUAUUAAGGAAAUUGCUAGAAUUAAACAAAUUCAGAUUGAAGAAGUGAAUUUUCCUUCUUCAUGA